GGGGGAUUGCAGCAACACUGAGUAACAAAUCUUAAGCACAUUGUUCUGUUUUGUUUCACCCUCCCCUUCAUGUGACAGGAGUUCAACACAAAGCUUCACUUUGUGGGGGUAGGACGUCACCAGAAAGGUUCAUUCAGUGUUUUAAGGAAGUAAAAAAGUUCAGUGGGGAAAAGACCAAAAGUUGUGGUCAUCAUCAUGGCGGCGUACACGUUACCUGAGGGUUUUACCGACUUCGAUAUGUUCUUGUUCGGCUCGGCGCUGUUUGUUGGCGGUGUCCUCGGGUUCCUCCUCAACGCAGUAACGGUCGCCUCCUUCCUGCGAGUUAGGGAGCUGAGAACCCCAAGUAACUACUUGAUUUUCAACCUGGCACUGGCCGACAUUAGCCUCAACGUGAACGGACUUACGGCCGCCUACGCCAGCUACCUCCGACAUUGGCCUUUUGGGCAGAAUGGAUGCGCUUAUCAUGGCUUCCAAGGCAUGAUUGCCGUCCUGGCGUCCAUCAGCUUCAUGGCGGCCAUCGCCUGGGACCAAUAUCACCAAUACUGCACAAGGCAAAAGCUCUUCUGGAGCACAGCCUUGGUAAUGAGCACUAUUAUCUGGAUCCUCUCGAUCUUCUGGGCGGCUGUUCCUCUCAUGGGCUGGGGUGUGUACGACUUUGAGCCCAUGAGGACCUGCUGCACUCUGGACUACACCAGAGGAGACCGGGACUUUGUCACCUUCAUGCUCACCCUGGUGCUGCUCUACUUGACCUUCCCAGCACUCACCAUGCUGUCAUGCUACAGCUCCAUUAAUAAACACUUCAAAAAGGUCCAUCAUCAUCGGUUCAACACCAGUUUACCAUUGAGGGUAAUGCUAAUGUGCUGGGGCCCUUACGUCCUCAUGUGCAUCUACGCCUGCUUCCAAAAUGUCAAAGUCAUAUCUCCGAAGCUACGAAUGGUGCUUCCAGUAAUUGCCAAGACAAACCCAAUUUUCAACGCACUGCUCUACUCCUUUGGCAACGAGUUCUACCGCGGAGGUGUGUGGUACUAUCUCACUGGGCAGAAGAUAGCUGAGCCAGACCUGAAGAAGCCUAAGUCCAAAUAAGUGGAGAAAAUGUUUUUUAACUAUUUGUACAGCUUUCAUAUGUCACUGCAAGGUCUUUCUUCAUAUGAAUGUGCCAUGUAGCUUCUCAGAGUAACGUAUCAGCCUGCUCCCAAUACCCAUGUAGAAAGACAAACAUCUAUGAAUUCAUAAAAGAUGGAAGUGAUUGUGGUUUUGUGAUAAAGAAAUCUU